AUGAACCCCACCGAUCCCGGCCGCGGCGCCGGUGACCCAAGAGCCCCCUUUGACUUUGGCGUGCUGCCCGUCGCCGGCGGCCCUCCCGACCAGGACAGGAACCCGCGCACCAAUGCCGCAACUGCAGCCACGGCGGCCGGCGUGCGUGCCUUCACCGCCCAGGCCAUCGCCUUCUACUUCAGAGCCCCCGUCAAGGCCUUCUUCCGCACCCGCGUGGACUACCUCGCCUACGCCCGGAACCUGCAGCAGCAGCAGGCCCAGCAGGCCCAGCAGGCCCAGCAGGCCCACAGCUACCUGCUGGCCAACCUGUCCGCCGCCGCCCACGAGCCCACCCGGCAGACAUGGGCCCAGUGGUUCCGCUCCGUCGGCUCGCGCACUACCCCGGGCAUCCUGGCCAGUGCGGUCAAGCACCACGGCUGGCGCAUCAUCCCCGACCAGGUCCUCCCUCCCCUGAUCGCCAACGUCGGCGUCGGCGCUGUGCUCUACACCAGCUACCUGCAGAUCCUCGGCCGCCUGCACGAGGAGAGCAGCAGGGCCACCAAGAGGGUCUACCCUCCCCCCUCGCCCAGCGAGACCUUCACCGCGGGGCUCCUGGCCGGGUCCAUCCAGAGCGUCGCCGCCGCGCCCCUCGACGCCAUCCAGGCACGCUUCGAGCGCGGCGGCAAGGGCCCUGAGUUCAUCAGCGACGCCAACACCCGGCCCCAGAGCAUGUGGUCCUUCAGCUACGCCAAGCUCCGCGAGAUUGGCCUGCGAGGCAUCUUCGCCGGCUGGGGGCUGUCUUUCGCCAAGGACAGCCUGGGCUGUGCCAUCUUCUUCUCCACCUUCGAGUACGUCAAGGCGCAGUCAUACUACUCCUUCGUCGCCUGGUAUUACGGUCAGCUCAGUGCCGACAUGGUGAACAUCCUGUCCAGCAGGCGUCCUGGGGAUGGCAACGAUGACCAGCGCCUGAAGACCAUCCGGCCGCACUACGCCAUUGAGCCGGCAUUCCUCAUGCUUGCCGGGAUGGGGGCUUCUAUCGCCCAGCAGGUCAUCAUACACCCGCUCACCCACGUGCAGAUGGAGCACUGGGAACACCUCGAGUACCUCGACGCCCAGUCACGCAAGUAUCGCAAGUACCAGAACGCCAAGGCGCCCGGGGAGAAGUGGCGCUGGAAGAUGUUCAGGGCAUAUUAUCACGCCUACAAGGAGACCUGGGCCAACUGCGUCGCCGAGAGCAAGGCGCAGGAGGGCAAUGGCCCCAAUGCCUUGAGGCGUUGGUUGUUCCGAGGGUUCUGGUGGAACGCGCUGCGCCAGGUGCCCUCCACAAGCGCGGGUCUGGUUAUCUUCGAGUUGGUACGGCGCAAAUACGGAAUGGGAGGCGACGAGGUCCGGAUCAACAGGGAUGGGUACGAUAUUUUGCUUGCUUAG